AUGGACCCGGGCGCAACCCUCCAGCACGAGGAUAUCCCAGCAGUAGCCCCUGGUUGGAUUGGCGACGACCCAGAGUCCUCACCAUCUGUAGUCGACGACGCUCCAGAACAUCCACCCCUUGAGAAUAGAGCAAAGCCGGAGCCUUCUCUUCAGUUCCCAGUUGAGAACGAGCAAACACACGAGCCCAUACCGCACGAGACACAUAUCAUUGACCCUAGGGGUGAUUUGUGGGUGCUCGUCCACGGCUCCGGAUCAUGCGGUGCUCCCACGCCAUUCAAAUUCCGGGUCUGCUCGCGAGCUUUGGCUAGAACAUCGUCCACGUUUGAGAAAAUGCUCUACGGUGGGUUCGCAGAGUCACGGCAGGGGGCGUCGGCCGACAACCAACAGGACUGGGAAAUCAAGCUGCCCGACGCGCCACUGGCGAUGAAACAGCUCUUUGAAAUCAUGCACUGCCGUUUCGUGGCCUUGGAAAAGCCAGGAAUUGUCCUCGACAAUCAAACGGGCGAGAUCGAAGCCAACAGAGAUGACUCGACUGAGAAUGGUGUCGAUCGGAACGAAGCGCAUGACCAUGCCAACGGGACCAGUUCAGCGAACGACAACGAGGAGCCCAGCAGUGAUGUUGCAAAUGGCGAUGAGUCCUCCCGGCCCGGGAAUGCCUCAUCAGCGCCAUGCACCGUCCUCCGUCAGCUCUAUGAUCUGGUCGUGGUUGCGGACUAUUAUGACUGCAUUGCCUGCCUCAGGCCAUGGGUUUCUUACUGGUUCAAGGGGCUCGAUCCCCAUGAGACAGAUGAAGGAGAUCUCAUGCGACGGGCCUGGAUUUACUACAUUCUGGGCCACAGGGACCGCUAUGAGCAAGCGGUUCACCAGCUUGCUAUGGAAUUCCCUCCAGAAGACAGUGAGAACGGUGAUCGAGUCCCCCCAAGUGUCCUCCCGCCCGGGUUUCUCGAAGCCAUAGCAAGGCUGCAACGGAGGACGAUCCAGGCUCUGCUUGAUAAAAUCCGGCAUACGGCAGACAUUCUGCUUCAGGCUCGAGCCACCCCACUUGGGCUUUGCAAGGGCUUCGCCAUGUCAAAGGCUGGAGGAGAAAACACACAGCCCGCGCCGAAGCGAGACAAGCUGGACUGUGAGGCGCGCAUGCUGGGCCACCUGCAACGCGAGCUGAAUAGUGCUGGUCUCUGGCCUGUACCCGCAGCUGAGCAUAUCAUUGUCUCGCCGAGAGUGCUGUUUCAGAUGAUCCAAAAGCUCUCGAACAAGAGGAAAGUUACUGUGCUCAACGCAAGCCACAGAGAUUGUGUUCUAGAUCUGGGACCCGAGGGAGGCUUUGACAGUUACAAGUAUCGCUCUACCGACGAAGAGGUCGUGCAGAUGACUCGGAAUAGGAUGGUAGUUGGUCUUGUGCUGGAAGAGGAUUGA